AUGGCGGAGUCCUCCGAGCCCGGGCUGCGGGCGUCAGCCGGCGGCGGGAGCUUGGAGGAGGAGGACGACGAGGAGCGGGAGCCGCUGCUGCCGCGGUUCGCCUGGGCCCAGCCGCCUAAGGGCGCCCCCGGGAGCGCCGUCAGGCUCGUGGAGGCUGCCGGCGAGGAGGGCGCGGCCUCCCCUCGCGAGGCUGGAGACGCGGAACUGCUGCUCCCGUCCCGGGACGCGCCCAGCCGCUCCUCCUGGGGCUCUUUAGAUUUUACAUGUCCUGCUGUCAGUAUAAUUGUUGGUUCUUCAGCAUUGAAUACAUUCCUGGAUGAUCCUGAAUUUGCUGAUGUUAUAUUGAAAGCAGAGCAAGCAAUAGAAUUUGGAGUUUUUCCAGAAAGAAUCUCUCAAGGUUCAAGUGGAAGUUACUUUGUGAAGGAUCCUAAGAGGAAAAUUAUUGGUGUAUUUAAACCCAAAUCAGAAGAGCCUUAUGGUCAACUGAAUCCAAAAUGGACCAAAUAUGUUCAUAAGGUCUGCUGCCCUUGCUGCUUCGGUAGAGGCUGCCUGCUUCCUAAUCAGGGAUACCUUUCUGAAGCUGGUGCCUCCCUUGUGGAUGAAAAGCUGCAUCUGAAUAUUGUACCUAAAACAAAGGUGGUUUGGCUUGUCAGUGAGACAUUUAACUACAGCGCAAUUGACCGUGCAAAAUCUAGAGGCAAAAAGUAUGCUUUAGAGAAAGUGCCAAAAGUAGGUAGAAAAUUCCAUCGGAUAGGACUCCCCCCUAAGAUUGGUUCCUUUCAGUUAUUUGUUGAAGGUUACAAGGAGGCUGAAUAUUGGCUUAGGAAGUUUGAAGCUGACCCUUUGCCCGAGAAUAUUAGAAAACAAUUUCAGUCACAGUUUGAAAGAUUAGUUAUUUUGGAUUACAUCAUCAGAAAUACAGACAGGGGAAAUGACAAUUGGUUAAUCAAAUACGAAAAGCAACAGGGAAAGGAAGUUAAGGAAACGAAAUGGAUUGAUGAUAAAGAAUCACUUAUUAAAAUAGCUGCAAUUGAUAAUGGUCUGGCAUUUCCUUUUAAGCAUCCUGAUGAGUGGAGAGCAUAUCCAUUUCACUGGGCUUGGCUUCCUCAAGCAAAAGUUCCUUUUUCUGAAGAAAUAAGAAACUUGAUUCUACCAUAUAUUUCCGACAUGAACUUUGUGCAAGAUUUAUGUGAAGAUCUUCAUGAACUUUUUAAGACUGACAGAAGAUUUAACAAAGCUACUUUUGAAAGUCAGAUGUCUGUUAUGAGGGGUCAGAUCUUAAAUCUUACUCAGGCAUUGAAAGAUGGGAAGAGUCCUGUCCAGUUGGUACAAAUGCCUUGUGUGAUUGUGGAACGCAGUCAAGGUAGAAAUCAGGGCCGCAUUGUCCACCUCAGCAGUUCAUUCACCCAGACCGUCCACUGCAGGAAGCCAUUUUUCUCUUCCUGGUAG